UGUCUCUCCUCAGAAAAGUUGGUAGUUAUUAGGGGUCAACGGAAGUUUCAGAACCCACACAGGCAAAGAAGGUUCCUGCUAAGAUUCACUCAAAGAAAACCACCAAAAGAGAAUUCUGAGAACUCAUUUCAGGAUGAAGCUGCAAGAACAAAGGAGUAUUUUUAUUACAAACAAAUGCUGUCCAUUGAUAAACAGAUGCAAGAGGAUUCUCUUCCCAGCUACUGCUGCUACUGCUGCUUCUGCAAGGGAAAUCCAGCUCCUUAGAGGGCCGCUGCGGCUCCUUCUCCUCCUUUGUGCCCUGCAGAAACCCACACAGAGCUCUGAGAAUGCAACAAAAAUCAACUUUGACUUGGCACCAGGAUCUUUUGAUGAUCAGUACCACGGUUGUAGCAAACAGGUCAUGGAGAAACUAAAUCAAGGGGAUUAUUUCACCAAAGACCUACAAGACCAUAAGAACUACUCCAGGAUAUGGCAUAAAACCCACUUAACCUGGAUGAACCAACCACAAACUCUUCCCAAGAACAUGACGAUUCCACAUGCCGUGGCUCUCCUGGUCUACACAUUGAACAGCAAUGUUCGCUCUGACUUUUGUAAAGCCUUGGCCAACGAUGCCAAGACCCCACAGCAAUAUGAACAUUCAUUCUACUUCAAAUAUCUACACUACUAUCUGACCACAGCAAUCCAGCUGCUGAGGAAGGAGGUCACCAGGGAGAAUGAUCGUCUGUGUUACCAAGUACACCACGAAGCAAAGGGUGUCCCCUUCAAAGCCUACGUCGGUGCUACUGUGCGAUUUGGCCAAUUCCUCUCUACCUCCCUCCUAAAAGAAGAGGCACGGAAGUUUGAGAACCAGACGCUAUUUACCAUAUUUACCUGCCUGGGUGCGUCUGUCCAAGACUUCUCCCUCAGGAAGGAAGUCCUGAUCCCUCCCUAUGAACUGUUUAAAGUUGUAAAUAUGAGCUACCACCCUCGAGGAAAUUGGUUGCAAUUGCAGUCAACUGGGAACUGGAGCACAUAUAACUGCCAGCUGCUAAAAGCUUCCAACAAGAAGUGCACCCCUGCUCCUACAGUGAUUACUUCUGUCUCCUUUUUGACCACUAUCAUCAUCUCUUUCAUAAGUGGAGUUUAAAGGAGUCCUGUGGUUCUUUUUAAAAAUAUUUAAACGAAAACCUUUUAUUGGCCUUUUGGCAAGAAAUGAGAAUUUGUUUGCCAGGGAAGAUAAUUCCAUCAUAUUUCUGCCAAAACCAGUGUAUGGAUUCCUCAUUGCUAAUUCUGUUUUGCCUCCCCUACAUCCCUUUGCCUUACUCCAGUCAAGGAACCCUGAAUACUCUUGCAGAAAUCCCUCUGCCCCGCUGUCAAUUAAUGCAGAGCUGGCUCAGCCCACUGACCAUGAGUUGGCCUGUAACUCAGGCCUUAGCCAAUCAACAUAUUUCUUUUCCAUGGACACAGAGAUUCAUGCUGGAAUAGAAAACAAUCCAGUCAAAGCCUGUCAGAUGUGAUCAGGGUAUUUUUUUAGAAGUGGAUUUGGGAGGCUCGGCGUCCAUAGCCCAGUGAUUAGGGCACCAGCCACCCACCCAGGGCUGGUGGGUUCAAACUUGGCCCGGACCUGCUAAACACCAAUGACAAU